AUGUUGCCUGAUUGGAAGUGUGUUUUGUUGUCCUUGUUUCGAUUGUAUGGGAAAAAUCACUCAGCUGCCAUGCCACCCGAAGGAAGCACGAGGGCUGGGAUACUGCCAGGUUGUCCAAGCCUAGACAGGGGAAGUCGAGAGGCAGAGGUCGGGGUUCGAACCAUGAACCUUCCGUGUGUUUUGUUGUCCUUGUUUCGAUUGUAUGGGAAAAAUCACUCAGCUGCCAUGCCACCCGAAGGAAGCACGAGGGCUGGGAUACUGCCAGGUUGCCCAAGUAUAGACAGGCGAAGUCGAGAGGCAGAGGUCGGGUUCGAACCACGAACCUUCUGGUCAGUAAAUUCGCGAUCUGACCACCUGAGCCAUCUCGCCCCUUCGAUUGUAUGA